ACGCACGACGCUCCGGGCGUUCGUGGUGCAACACUGCCCCGGCCGUGUGACAUCACAGGAAGCGUGCAUUUGGGGGGGGGUGGGGAUAGACCCCGAGAGAGGGGUCACCUCUGGUCCCGCGCCGCCACCACCAUCCUCAUCAUCAUCCUCGUCGUCGACGUUAACUGCGGCCGCCGAUUCAGGAGCUCAGCUAUGGGGGAGGGGGCAGCCGUGCCCGCAGGGAGGUUGCCCAUCGCUUCUUCCUCCUCCUCUUCGUCGUCGUCGGCUUCGCUUCACCCCCUGGUGGCAAAGUUCGCGCUGUCAGCCUGUGCCGCGGCCGUGGCCGAGAUAGUGACGUUCCCCCUCGACCUGACCAAGACGAGGUUGCAGAUCCAGGGAGAGGCGCGGUCCGGUCCGGGUGGCGUGGAGUACCGAGGCAUGGUGGGCACGGCGGUGGGCAUCGCCAGAGAGGAGGGUGCCCUCAAGCUGUGGCAGGGAGCGACGCCGGCGGUGUGCCGGCACAUCGUGUACACGGGGGGCCGCAUGGUGGCCUACGAACAGCUGCGAGAACGCGUUCUGCUGCGCAGCGCGGACGGCACCUUCCCAGUCUGGAAGGCGGUGCUGGGGGGCAUGAUGGCGGGUGCCAUCGGCCAGUUCUUUGCCAGUCCCACCGACCUGGUGAAGGUGCAGAUGCAGAUGGAGGGGAGACGCCGGCUGGAGGGCAAGGCACCCAGGGUGCGCGGGGCCUGGCACGCGUUCGCCCAGAUCCUGUCUCGGGGCGGCAUGCGAGGCCUCUGGGCCGGGUGGGCGCCCAACGUGCAGCGGGCAGCGCUCGUCAACCUCGGAGAUCUCACGACCUACGACACGGUUAAACACCUGCUGCUGCGACGCACGACGCUGCAGGACAACUGGGUUUGCCACGGACUGUCGAGUGUAUUCUCAGGGUUAGUAGCAGCGACGAUGAGUACACCCGCGGAUGUCGUCAAAACCCGAAUCAUGAACCAGCCCACGGACCGGAAUGGAAGGGGAGUCCUCUACCGCUCCUCCCUCGACUGCCUCACGCAGACGGUGAGGGCUGAAGGCUUCGUAGCCCUCUACAAGGGCUUCCUGCCCACGUGGGCACGCAUGGCCCCCUGGUCACUCACCUUCUGGAUCACCUUCGAGCAGAUCCGCAGGCUUACCGGCGUAAGCUCCUUCUGAGCGUCGGGGGGAGGCCCCAUCGCCCGAGCCACCGUCCUCCUCGACUCCGCUUCGACCCGCCUUCACUUUGCCUCGUCGCCGAGUCUCCGGACACCAGGCUCUCGUGGUCAGAGGAUUUUGGCGACGGCCCCGCAAAAAGGAAUGGUGGCUGGUGAGCGGCCCGGCUGUUCACUGCUGGGCCCCGUGCCCUCCCCGUGUACGACAUGAGGUUCGUUGCCUAGUGGCAGCGUGAGACGCAAUGCCACCUUGAGCAGGGGUGGGGAAACAUUCUCCCAGACCGAGGGCAUCCGAAUAGGACAUUCGAAUACCUUUGGCAGGCAACCAAGCAUUAAAAAAAAACGACGGACUAAGAUCCUCCCAUAUAGCAUUGAAAGACCAUUGGGGCAAGUGUUGUUAGCGAGCAUCUAUUGAAGGCUGGCACGGUACACGAGGGGGUGGGUGGCCAACACCACGCCCUGGCUGCCUUUUUUCUCCCCAGUGGCGAUGUUUGCACACCACACCAGGUACUCAUUUGAGGCUUUAUCAAUCUAGGCGAGGCCCGGUAUAGGUUCAGCAAAUCUAUACUGAUAUUAGCUGUGAGCGGGAAUCGAGCUCGGGUCUCUGGGUUCGUAGCACAGGACGCUAAACGCUACACUACCGCUCCCCACCAAACAUUAACACGCAUGAACACAAACACUCCAUUCAAUGCAUUAAGGCCCUUGUAGUGACAGAAGCAACUGAGCAUGGCGCUAAUAUUGUAAACGCAGACUCAUUGCCAGGCUGCGACUAUUCCCUUCCACUACGUGAUUAGCGCAGCUAAGAUGCUUGUAACUUCCUCCAGGAGGAGGGCUGUGAAAUAUCGACAUUUUGAGAAGUCAACCAUUUUCAGUUUCGUUUUCCGUGAAAUAUGUAACCCGAACACGUGUUUUCUAUCAUUUACGUGAACAGAGCCAGUGUUUGCUAAGCCCUUUUUGACAAAGGCCUACCCACUCCGGUCGUGAGGGUUGUUUGACCAUACCUCACCACUCUGGGUCAGUGCCUGGCAGUAAUUACCUCAGUGGUCUACAAUGUUCGAUUUAACGCUUAAAGCAGUCAAGAUUACUCGAUGCACCUAUUGAAGACAAGAAGUACAGCAUUGCAUAGCAAUUUUACGCGUAAAUGAUAGCAGCAAUAUUCAUAAUUGCACAUUGCAGUUAAUCGCACGAUGCAUAUUGUAUUGAAUGUAGCGCGCGUGUCAUCAAGUGAUAUUUAUUUUUGUAAUUGUGAUCAUUCAAAGCCUCCGCCAUCUUGGUUCCACUGCUUGACUAGCACUGACCAGCCAAAAUGGUGGAUUGUGGCUAGGGUUGCCAACUAUCCGGGUUUUGCCAGGAACUUCCUCUUGUUGAGGAGGUAGCUGCUGUUCUGGGAUGUUCUUUAAGCCAUCCCAGGACAUUUUUAAGUCCAGGUGUUUUGUCAUUUGCCCAAUAAUAAUAAUGAACCACCACUUACGACAAUGCAUUUUCAGUGUUGAGAAAUAUUCUUCAUAUGUCCAAAGGUAGCAACUCUCGUUUUGAUGAGCCGAGUAGUUAACACUAUUUGAGAACUCAGGUGUGCAAAUAUAGUAUUUAAUAUCUAGAUGAAUAAUUGCUUUAAUGUGAUUUUGAUAUUUUUCUUUACAUAUUGAUAUUUAAAAGCAGUGACAAUUUGGCCAAUUUUCCAUUGCCACAUCCGCGCUGUGCCAGGACAGGAGCCAGAAUUGUACGGGUAUUUUUUUCCACUGGUUAUUUGCCGUGCCGAGCCAGAAGCAAACUGUGAUACCCGGGCCUCACAAGAAUACCUCUGAAUCUGUCCCGGGCCAAGCAGGGCCAGGGGCGGGGCAAAAUGACGCAUUCAAUCGCGUAUGACGUCAGUCAGUCGACUGUGAGGCCAUAGAAUCACUACAGCCGUCUCAAUUCCGUACGGUUGUGCGUGACGACAUCGUCACAGCCCAGCUACCGUGCUACUUGUUUAUAUGGCGGUGAUUCCUUCUUCAAAUAGUGUAUAGCAAUAACUUUUGAAAAUAUAGAGAGCUGCCUGAGCAUGUGCCUUAAUUUUCUUGUUGCCAUCAAGACAAAAUUAUUUUGCGGGAUGAAAUAUACCUCGAGUAAUUAUCACCAGCGUUAUAAUUGUAUUUGAUUUGCUUGUUAUCCAUAAAAAAAGUCUUGAAAAACCGUUCACAUGUUUGCAU